AUGAGUGAUAACCCGUUUACCUACUAUGAUAAGGAUAAAGAUGCCGGUGGAAGUAGUGCUUCUCUGAACUCGCAGGAAAAGGAGAUUCUGGAGGCCACAAAUGCCGCUCUUACUAAGCCAAACCCCUCUCUGGAAUACUGUACAUUGAGUGUGGAAGAGACUUUACAUAAAUUGGAUACCGAUGCCAAGCUAGGUCUUUCUUCUGUAGAAGAAGCCACCAAGAGAAGACAAUAUUAUGGUCCAAAUGAAAUCAGUGUCGAUGACGAUGAAAGUUUGGUAAAGAAGUUCUUGUCCAAUUUUGUUGAAGACAGGCUAAUAUUGUUGUUAAUGGGUUCUGCUAUUAUUUCGGUCUUCUUAGGUAACAUUGAUGACGCUAUCAGUAUCACCAUGGCCAUUGUUAUUGUUGUCACUGUCGGUUUUGUGCAAGAAUACAGAUCUGAGAAAUCGUUGGAAGCCCUAAAUAAAUUGGUUCCACAAGAAUGCCAUUUGAUCAGAGGCGGUAGAGAAUCGAACGUCCUGGCGACAAAUUUGGUUCCUGGUGAUCUAGUUCGUUUUAGAAUUGGUGACCGUAUCCCAGCCGAUAUAAGAAUUAUAGAGUGUAAUGAUUUGACUAUUGAUGAGAGUAACCUAACCGGUGAAACUGAUCCUGUUCAUAAAAGUUAUAAAGCUCUUUCCCGGGACAGUUACAAUGAUCAACCAAAUUCUAUUGUUCCAGUGGCUGAGCGUACUAAUAUUGCAUACAUGGGAACGUUGGUAAAAGAAGGUAAUGGUAGAGGUAUUGUUGUUGGUACUGGUAGAGAGACAUCUUUUGGUAACGUUUUUGAAAUGAUGAGCAGUAUUGAAAAACCUAAGACCCCGCUACAAUUAACCAUGGACAAGCUUGGUAAAGAUUUAUCAUUAGCAAGUUUUGUUGUAAUUGGUAUUAUUUGUGUUGUCGGUAUCAUCCAAGGCAGAUCUUGGUUAGAAAUGUUCCAAAUUUCAGUCUCACUUGCUGUUGCCGCUAUUCCUGAAGGUUUACCUAUUAUUGUGACUGUCACUUUAGCACUAGGUGUACUACGUAUGGCUAAGCGUAAAGCUAUUGUUAGGAGAUUGCCUAGUGUUGAAACCUUGGGCUCUGUUAAUGUCAUUUGUUCUGAUAAGACGGGUACUUUAACAUCGAAUCAUAUGACUGUUUCGAAGAUAUGGUGUUUGGGUAGUAUGGCUAACAAAUUAAAUGUUCUAUCUCUUGAUAAAAAUAAAGGCGGUAAUUUGAAGAAUUACUUAACUGAUGAUGUCAAGACCACUUUACUUUGUGGUAACUUGUGUAACAAUGCAUCAUAUUCUCAAGAGCAUGCAAAGUAUUUAGGUAAUCCAACAGACGUGGCCUUAUUAGAGCAGCUGCAAAAGUUUGAACUAGCUGAUGUAAGAAGUGAAUAUACCAAGGUAAAAGAACUUUCCUUCAACUCAAAAAGAAAGAUGAUGGCAACUAAAAUCCAGGAUAAUGAGAAAAAGACAACUCUAUUUAUAAAAGGUGCUUUCGAGAGAAUUUUGGACAAGUCUUCUUCUUAUCUUACAGAAAAGGGAAAAAUUGAGAAGCUGACUGCAGGACAUAGGGAAACCAUUAUUGACUGUGCCAACACAUUGGCUUCUGAAGGUCUACGAGUUUUGGCGUUUGCAAAAAGAGCUAUGACGGACUCAAGUUCUAAACUGGUUGAAGAUGACAUAAGUGAUUUGGUUUUUACUGGUUUGAUUGGUAUGAAUGAUCCUCCUAGAUCUUCUGUUAAAUUUGCAAUUGAUCAAUUUUUGCAAGGUGGUAUUCAUAUCAUUAUGAUAACUGGUGACUCUGAAAAUACAGCUGUUAACAUUGCAAGACAGAUAGGUAUUCCAGUAAUCGAUCCAAAGCUUUCCGUUCUAAGUGGUGAUAAAUUGAAUGAAAUGACUGAUGACCAAUUGGCCAAUGUGAUUGAUCAUGUUAAUAUUUUUGCCCGUGCUACACCAGAACAUAAAUUGAACAUUGUUCGUGCUCUAAGAAGAAGAGGUGAUGUGGUGGCUAUGACUGGUGAUGGUGUUAAUGAUGCACCAGCCUUAAAAUUAGCUGAUAUCGGUGUAUCUAUGGGUAGAAUGGGAACUGAUGUGGCAAAAGAAGCCUCUGAUAUGAUUUUGACAGAUGAUGAUUUUAGCACCAUCCUGACUGCUAUAGAAGAGGGGAAAGGUAUUUUUAACAACAUUCAAAACUUUUUGUCGUUCCAAUUAUCAACCUCUAUUGCAGCCUUGUCUUUGGUUGCCCUUUCUACAGCAUUCAUGUUACCAAAUCCAUUAAAUGCAAUGCAGAUUUUAUGGAUUAACAUUUUAAUGGAUGGACCACCUGCACAGUCAUUAGGUGUAGAACCAGUUGAUCAUGAAGUUAUGAAAAAACCACCAAGAAAGCGUACUGAUAAAAUAUUGACCGCAGAGUUGCUAAAGAGGUUGAUUGGGACAGCAUCAUGUAUCAUUUUAGGUACUGUUUACGUUUUCGUUAAAGAGAUGGCAGAAGAUGGGCAAGUUACUGCAAGAGACACAACUAUGACAUUCACUUGCUUCGUUUUCUUUGACAUGUUUAAUGCCUUAGCUUGCAGACACACAACGAAGUCUAUUUUUGAAAUUGGUUUUUUCACAAAUAAGAUGUUUAACCUAGCGGUGGGUUUCUCUUUGUUAGGUCAAAUGUGUGCCAUUUAUAUUCCAUUCUUCCAAGCAAUCUUUAAGACAGAAAGUCUUGCAUUUAGUGAUUUGAUUUUCUUGGCAAUGAUCAGUAGCAGCGUCUUCAUUAUCGAUGAGAUUAGAAAAUACUGGGUGAAGAAGAAUUCACAUAUGGAUCCUUUACGCUACUCUAUCGUGUAA